AUGGACCUCAAAUCUCGUGCUCAACUCUUCCUCAAUACUAUCGUCAAUAAGCGUGAAACAUCCUCCAUUGCCUCCAUCCUCCACCCGGAUCUCGAACUAAGACACGAUGAUCUACCUCCGAUGUCAAAGUCUGAAUUUAUUGACUUUUGGCCCCAGGUUCUGGCCGACAGUCCGGGUUUCAAUGUUCAAAUUCAACGAGUGAUCGCGGAGGGUCUACAGGUGUGGGUCUAUUCUCGGGUUACCGGACGAUUUGGCGGGGGUCUACUGGAUGAUGUUCAUAUUUUGGAUUUUGAUGAGAAUGGAUUGUUGAUUAGAAGCAAGGGAAUGCAACGGGAAGUUUGUGAAAACUCCGAAGGUGGAGAAAAACGUGAAGCCAAGCUGAGCUAG